UAUUUGCUUUCGAUUCCAUGUUGGACGACCAUGAAAAAACAUACAGUAACACGUGUUGCGGUUUCGGCACCAUAAAAAUCCAUGGAGUUACUGUCAUCUGUUUAUUGUUCUCACAAUUGUUCUCUUAUCCUGCUCUGACAAAGAAGAAUUAUUUUCUUAAGGAUAAAUAAAUCUGACACAUGGAAUUUUUCAAAAUCAUCCAAACGACCGUGACGCAGUAAGCCAGGUGUGAAGAUUUUUGAAAAUCUCUCUCAACAAACUUAGUUCUCUAAACUCUGAGUUACAGUUCUAGGUAGCUUCAGGUUAAUUCCUACAAUGACUCGGAUUUCGAGAUACAAUACACCGGGGGAAUCAGUGCGUCUCCAGCAGCUAUUGCGUUGGUGUUUAAUAACGUACAUUAGAGACUUUGAGAAUGCUUCUACGUUAUAUACAGAAGUUUAGCCACGUAGACUGUACGGUCAUGGAGGGUGUAGAUGCGCGUACACUGGGGGACGAAUUGUGCGUUGGAAAGCGAUAAUGCCGAUUAACAUAAUUUUUUUCAUCCUAUGUAUACUUGCAUAAGAGAUUCGGAACUCAACCAAGAUAGCUGAUACCUGAAUGGUUCUAUAUCGUCGAAAGAAAUUGAUCUAUGAAAUGAAGGCGAGACAGUUCAAUUUUGUCUUUGGCAUUGUUCAUUGUAAACGCAAACGACAGGAAUAUCCAUCAAACAAUUUCCCGCAUCCUAUAGAACUUGAAGAAAUACGCAAAAAAAAUACAAGGGAUCGAGUUCUAUAAAAUAAGAUGAAAAAAAGGUAAACGACUGGAGGAAAAUCGAAGCAGAGAAACGAGAAGGGGGUUUGUAACCCCCAGGAAUUUGUGCAGAAUCUCGAGGUCCUCGUCCCUGUGAAAAGUGACACCUGGGCACCUAAUCCCGGCUUUAGCGUCAACGGCUCGACUCUAGAUUACGUUUUUCGCACACAACUGCAGCCGCCGCUCUUAAUGGCUCUAUGCAUCAGCCACAUGGGUUAUGGGAGAGUUCAGUAGGUUUGUCAUCGGCCGACUCCCCCACCACGUACCACUGCUACUGCGUCUACCACACUACAGCUAUAGUAACGCCGUCCGUAGCGAGAACGAUUUGACAGAAUGCUCGCCAAGCAAAACCGUGGCACCCGAAGGCACCGCACUCCCUGGGAUUAAUCGCUCGAUUCAAGAUCACUUGAAUCACUUAGGAGAGAACUGAUCACUGAGAAGAAGAGGAAGAAGAAAGGAGAGUGUACCAGAGAAGAGGAGAGUAAAGUGCUUCAAAGUAGCACAGCUGAGAAGCACAUUAUCCGCCAACAGUAAGAAGGGCUUAGUCUGACGUACUGGAAGAAGAAAGAAGAAGAAAGAAAAAGAAAGACGAGAAAAAAGUAUUCUGCUAGCAGCCUCUCUUCGCUGGCAAGGAAGAAUCCGGAUGCACGCGUGGAGCUCGAAACUAGUUUUGCCGAAUAAUCGAAGACGUCAGUGAGAAACUAGGCAGGAUGGAGAAUAACAUGGCGUUAUGGGUGACCGAUGUUACAGAAACAGCUAAAUACAAUACGAUAAUCGACAACAACAUGUCGAGGUUUCCAAAGCCUUUGAGAUCAUUCGCUGCUGUCGUUGCUAUACUGAUCAUGAUCGUCGGCCUCGUUGGAAAUCUGAUGACCAUCGUAGCGCUCAUCAAGUACCCCAAAGUACGAAACGUCGCCGCUGCUUUUAUCAUUAGUCUCUGCGUGGCUGACUUCAUCUUCUGUCUGCUGGUCCUGCCGUUUGAUUCUAUACGCUUCAUCGACGCCAGCUGGGCCGACGUCAGGUUCCUCUGUAUGCUGGUGCCGUUCCUGAGGUAUGGAAAUGUCGGCGUGAGUCUCCUGUCUGUUGCUGCCAUCACUGUCAAUAGAUACAUCAUGAUUGCCCAUCACGGAAUCUACAGCAGGGUCUACAAGAAGCACUGGAUUGCCCUGAUGAUCCUGUUUUGUUGGGUCUUUUCCUACGGCAUGCAGGUUCCGACGCUCCUAGGCGUCUGGGGUAGAUUCGACUACGACGUCAACCUGGAGACCUGCUCUAUAGUGAAGGACGCCCAUGGGCACAGUCCCAAGACCUUCCUCUUUGUCAUGGGUUUCCUGAUACCCUGCAUAGUAAUCGUGGGUUGUUACGCCAAAAUAUUCUGGGUAGUUCACAGCUCGGAGUCGAGAAUGCGGAAGCACGCUGGUCCAUCCAUAAAGUCACCUCACGCCCCGGGGAGAGACACGCGCGAGAUAAAGCAGCGCAGAAGCGAAUGGCGAAUCACGAAGAUGGUCCUCGCUAUAUUUUUGAGUUUCGUCGCAUGCUACCUUCCCAUUACAAUUGCAAAGGUCGCUGACGCGGAAGUCAAGCAUCCUGAAUUCCACGUGCUGGGCUACCUUCUACUCUAUUUCGCAUCCUGCGUCAAUCCCAUAAUAUACGUGAUAAUGAACAAGCAGUACAGGCAGGCAUAUGCCGGCGUGAUAAGCUGCUCGCGAAUAAGGGCUUCCCUAACCCCACACGGAAGUAGCGCACCAGCGCAGAAUAACUUCGGCCAAGAUCAAUCGAAGGACAACUAUAGUAAGACUAUGGUGUCGACUGUGUCCAUUGCCAUGAAUCCUGUGAGGAAUUCCCAGCUCGACGUAGUUAUCUGAACCGGAAGGACGAGAUAGGAUCGCGGGAUAAACUGGGAAAUUCAAAGGACUGCUCAACGAAUACAAAAAAAGACGGGAAAAGCCAAGAAACCGAAAAGAGUUGGAUCAACACUAAUAUGGAUAACGCAUCUCUUUUCUUUUCAUUAUCUUCUCCAAAGCAACUACGUCUACGUCUACGUUAAUUAUUUUAAGUCUUAGACUAAGUUUAUUUAUUAUUUUACCGUGUCGAAGCCGACCGAGUCUCCAGACCUGUGAUUACGUUACAACUGUAUAUUUUGUUAAUGAGUUUCCAAGACGAGUUCCAAGUACAAUGCUGGCAGAAGGAGGGUAAGGAGGGGAAGGAGGGGAGGACGUGAAGAGAGCCAGGCGAUAAGAACGAGACGGUCGUUCCGUUAAGCCAAUACAUGAAUUCACGAUGAUUUCUCAGCGAGUAAUGAUUAUCAGUGGAGAAACAGGCAGCCAAUAUUUAGCUUUGCGUUCGCGGAAAGUUACCCUGUCUUAUCGUGCCAAUGUGUUUUAUUGGCUUGACAUCUGGAAUUGCCGCCGCUGAUAUUAAAUUGACAGAACGCGUCUGCCAUUGACGUGCAGAUUUCUUGUUCGCUCUGCAGAAAAUCUCACGUCAGGAGACGACACGACGUAUACGGUCCUCGAGACGAUACGCCGCUCACGCUGUAGAGAUAAUCAUUCUGAGGGUUUAUCGAAAAGGUGUAUAUUUUAUUUAUAGAUAGAACGACCAAAGAAAGAAGUUUCAAGCGUGUAAAUAAAACUGCGACGCAGUAAGACUUUAUUAUCUUCGUGACAAGUAUUACGUAUAUGUACAAUAGACAAAAAAAGGCAUAUACAGAAAUAUAUAAUAUACACAUCCGUAUAAGGACGUGAAAUAAUACUUAGAUUAAAAAUAUACAAUUUCCAUUAA